UUCAAGCUUUAGGCUUAAAGGUCGCGCAAGCUCGUGAAGUUUACAGCUAACAAAAUGAAGGCAAGUCACGAAGAGUCACCUAUGCUUCUGUCGAAAAAAACAACAAAGACCUUACUCAUGCGAAACGCUAUCAACCAGGAGACUCUAAAGAAACAGUCUCGCCUCCUUGAAAAAGAGAAAAGUUCGGAGGAAAGAUUAUUCCUCAAGAAAAGGGAACACCUUUUACAACGUCAGGUAACAAGGGUCUUAGAAACCAGUCAAAGUCGACCUUCCUCCUCUCGCAGCAUAAACAUGGAGAACUCAGUUACCAAUUGGAAAAAGGCGACAGCUUUGUCAAGAGAAUAUUCUCAAUCUCUGCCGAAAAAGAAGGAAAUAAAUCUGACACCUUUGUCUUCUGGCAAGUUGGAAAACGCACUGAACAAAUGGAAAAACGAAACCACUCAAUCAGCUCAGUCUCCUAAGCCAAGGAGGAAAGAAAUUUUGGGAAGUAACCAGCAAAGGCGGUUGCUCUCUGCAGUGUCUUUGCAGUCCAAUGAGGACGACGAAGAGCCAGCUCCGCUCAGGUCUAGAAGUAAAACAUUCUCAGCUUUUAGUUCUACAGUCUCUCUUCCUGACAUACACGCCUCUUCCAAUGGAAUAACAGCACCCAAAAAAUACAUUGAUACACAACUGCCUGAUGAUUUGAAAGUUUGUCAAGUGGAUGAUUGGAAACCUUUGAGACAGUGUCGAUAUUUGCGCACAGCUUCAGGAGAAGAAGAAUUAUGUGGCGUUUAGAAUCAACGCUGCGCUAUAGGCCAGAGUAUACAAAUGGAAAGAAACAUGCAUCCAACAAAGUUGAACAUAUUGGAGACGAGAUGGGAUACGCAAUGUUACUAGACAAUUUCCGUGGUCAAUUGAUAAAACAACCAGCGAUGUCUGUUUUACACAUGGAAAAAAAUCAGAUACCGUAAGUCAGAACUGUUAGCUUUUAUUGUGCUCAAUCUCAAAAUUCAUGUUUUGGGCAUUUAAUAUCAGAUAACUAAAUAUUGAAAUCACAGCCUAAAAUCGAGGUUUUUAAAUAUUUAUGUCUUCUUUUUGGUAAAGUAAGAUUCGUGGGCUCGCGUGAGGUCCUCAUAGAGCACCAAGUUCGUGACUUUGCACGUGAUAAACAAAUGUUUUUUUACCAAUUAAUGCUUGAAUUGUUUUGUUAAGUAACAAAGAGCAAUCCAAGAGGUCUGGUUGAGAAGGUAAAAGUUCAGUGACGAUCAUUAGUCUCAAACGAUCAAUAUGUUUAUUGUUUAAUAACAACUGCUUCGUUUGCCAGAGAAUGGAACAAUAUUAAUCUACAAGCUUAACAUGCAGAUGUUAACGACUUUAUCGGUCAAUUUAUCAACCAGGUCUUUCUCUAAAUCGGAAAUACGCGAAAUAACAAACACAUCCAAAAAUUUUACCUAGUUACCUACGCCUUUUAAUGUGAUCAAAAAGUUGAAGAGGUAAUCACUGAUGAUGGCUGUUUUUUUUCUGCGAGGAUCUACUACAUUCCUGAAGUAAUAGUAUAGGUCAGUUAUACACAGUA